ACAACCCAAAGAAGUAAGCAAAGCAUUAAACUUCCACAACGGCCCCGUCCUGGUAAAAAAAGAAAAAAAAGAAAAGAAAAAAAGGCCGAGAGAUUUACCGCAAAAUAUGCCUGGAGUCACAAGUCUCGAGUUCAAGGGCCGGGUGGCCGUCAUUACCAUCUGCAACGAGCGCAAGCUCAAUGCCCUUGACCAAAAUGGCUACUAUGAGCUAUCGGAAAGGCUGCGUGAGGUGGCGACCCAUGACGAGGUCUACGUGACCUUGUUAACGGCAAAGGGCCGAUAUUUUUCGGCCGGCGCUGAUGUAUCCUCCAUCCGCGACGCUCCCACCACGGGCCAGGACGACAACGGCAUCGCCGACGGUGGCCGCCGUCAGUGGCUGCAGACCUUUGUCGCCUUCAACCUCAACAUCACCCAGGCCUUCUACUCGCACCCCAAGAUCCUGGUCGUGGGGCUGAACGGGCCCGUCGUCGGCCUGUCUGCCGCGCUCGUCUCCUUUGCCGACUUCAUCUACGCCACGCCUUCCACCUUUCUGCUGACGCCCUUUUCGUCCCUGGGCCUGGUCGCCGAGGGCGGCGCGUCGCGGGCCCUGGUGCAGCGCCUCGGCGUCAGCAAGGCCAACGAGGCCCUGCUCAUGAGCCGCCGCGUCCCCGCAGACGAGCUGCUGCGGACCGGCUUCGUCAACAAGGUCUUUGCCGAGCUCAAGGGCGCCAAGGACGACGACGUCCGCUUCAGGGAGCUCGUCUUGGCCGAGAUUGACGACAAGCUGGGAGACCACCUCGUCGGCGACAGCCUGCUCGGCAUCAAGGAGCUGAUCCGCCGGCCCGAGAUGGACAUCAUCGAAGGUCAGAACGCGAGGGAGGUCUUUGCCGGGCUGGGGAGGUUCAUGAGUGGAGUGCCGCAGCAGGAAUUUUUGAAACUUGCCUCGGGUGAGAAGCGCCAUAAGCUCUAAAGUAGAAGAAGAAACGAGGCAUGUAUGACAUUUGGCAGAGUCUCAUGUUUCUCUUCUUGUGGGCUUUUUCAUUAGGUCAUUUUUUUUUUGACACGUUGCUUUUCUUUUAUCUCUUCCCUUCUAUAGAAAGAAACUGCCCAUGUAUAUCUACCGGUACCUAUAUAGUCGGUACUACAUCAAGAGGCCUAAGGUAAAUCGAGUACUAUUCUGUCAUGCCAGAAACCCAAAGAGAAGGCUGGUCCGUUUCCAGUAUUCCUGAGCCGAUUUCGAUAGCUGCUUCCGCGCGGCAUCAUUGUCAAGCUCCGUCUGCUUGUACAUGGCAUCCUCCAAGUCCUUGAGCUCAUCCUCGGAAGACCCGUUGACCGUACCAAGACCACCCUGAAGGAACAGGACAUCGUAUAGCCAUUGCGUGAAUAGUUCUUUUCGUUGUUCCGCCGAUAAGGCUGCCUUAGCCUCUGCUUGAUCGUUUUCUGUAGAUGCGACUUUGUCUUCGUCUUCCUUUGCGCCCUCCUCCUCGUCAGCAUCUGGACCCUCGGACCGCUCGGGCUUCUUCUCCUCGGCAAUUUCAGCGCCCUUCUUUUCUUGCACUUUGUCUUGACUAUAACUGUGCUGUUCCACAGCCUGUAGCCAUGCCUCCCUUAGCUGGCCCCUCAGGUACGACUUCAAUGUGGCAACGGCAGUAGGACUCCACAGAUCCAACCCAGCAUCUCCCAUUGACGCAACCAGCGCCCUCAAAAACGUAAACACGCCGGCUGACGGCAUGCUCGGCAGUGCCGGGUCCUCCCCUUCCCACAGGCUACGCCCGAUGACGCUCGUCCUGGCCAGUGCCUUCUUUGUAAAGUCUUCCAAGGGAGCAGCCACCACCGUCUUGACGAUAACCUCGUGAAGCUGCGGGAUCAGUGACGUCCCCAGCGUCUUGGCCGUCCCGACCUCGUCCGGCAGUCGACUUCGUAUGUCUCGUAUCACGCGGGUGAGGUACAUUGCCACGUGGCCCCUGUUCUGACCGUCCUGCUGUGCUUUCCAUAGCCCGGCGAUCUGCUCGUCGAGCUCCCUGAAUGCCGUCUCCAGUGACUUGCUGAGCUGAUCCUGCAGCGUCUGCGGGUCUUCAGAGCUGAGGAUCUGCUGCCUCUGCUCGAUGGUCUCUUCAUCCUCAAUCUCAUCGGCGUCGUUAUCCCACCGUUGCUUACGGAGCACCUUGACCCUCUCGUCGACCUCUUUGACGACCUGGUGCCAUGAUUCAUAGCAAUUCACCGCCUUGGAGACAGCAUCGUUCCGACCGUAGAGCCUGGAGACGACGUCCUGGGCGAAGAGAGCCGCGCCGCCCGACAGGUUCAGGUCCAUGCCCUCGUCGUCCCACAGACCGCGCUGUUCGUCCGUCACGCCGGCGCGCCAGCCGUCCAGCGUCGCCGACAUCUCGGAGCCCACGAGGCGCAGCUUGUGGACUUUGCCGGCCAGCAUCUCGAGCGUGUACGUGUUGAUGGCCGUCCGCAGCUGGUCGAGCAUGACGGCCGGGUCGUAGCCCCUGAUCCGGCCCCCGUCGCGGAUCCAACACUGCAGCACGCUGGACCGCAGCUCCAGCACCGCCCCCAGGUCGUGCAGCCGCGUCAGGGUUCUCUCCAGGCCCUUGAUGAGCGUCUCCCCGCCGCGCUCCGCCCAGCCCGUCAGCAUCUCCUUGGCUUGCUUGCCCUCGAUAUCAUCGUGGCGGAUGUACGGCUUGUAGUAUCUAAUCUCGUCCCCGCACCACCUCGCCGAAAGAUCCAGCCGGAGCCCCUCGAGCUUCAAAAGAGCCUCGUCUUCUAGAAUCGCCUUCUUCUUCAGCCCCUUGAGUGCCUCGACCAGUUUCGUCGGCAUCAGAGCCUGGACGUCCAACAUGG